ACACACACACACACACACACACACACACAGGGUUAUAUAACGAGUGUGUCCUGAUAUAAAUACAGUGAAGUCACACAGAACUGUUCCGUCGCGGAGAAUCCGCAGAAAUGUCCGCGUCCGAGUUCGAGUCUCUGGAGAAGUCUCUGGAGAGUCAUCUUCCAGAAGCCGAGCUCAGGGAGGUGAAGCGCAUUUUAUUCGGGAAGGAGACACAGAAGCUGGACCUCCCUACAUGUGCUGUGGACGCUGCUUCGGAGCGCAGCUUUGAACUGAAAGGUUGCAGGUUUGAAGCUGCACAAGAACAACUAAGGCCGCCCAGAAGGGUCCGUGUGGGACUCAUCCAGCACCAGAUAGUCCUGCCCACUGACGCCCCCAUACUGGACCAGAUCACUGCCAUGCACAGUCGUAUUGGUGAAAUGGUGGAGGUGGCAGCCAUGUGCGGUGUGAACAUCGUCUGCUUCCAGGAGACCUGGACCAUGCCCUUUGCUUUCUGCACUCGGGAGAAAGAGCCGUGGACAGAGUUUGCAGAGUCUGCGGAAGAAGGAAGCACAACUCGCUUCUGCCAAGAGCUCGCCAAGAAAUACAACAUCGUCGUGGUUUCUCCAAUUCUGGAGCGAGAUGAGCUGCACGGCACUCUGUGGAACACGGCGGUGGUCAUCUCCAACUCGGGGAAUGUGCUGGGAAAGAGCAGGAAGAACCAUAUUCCCAGGAUCGGAGACUUCAAUGAGUCGACAUAUUACAUGGAGGGAGACUCCGGCCACUCAGUGUUCCAGACUCAGUUCGGGAAGAUAGCCGUGAAUAUCUGUUACGGGCGCCAUCACCCCCUCAACUGGUUUAUGUACAGUAUGAACGGAGCCGAGGUCAUCUUCAACCCUUCAGCCACUGUUGGAGCUCUGAGUGAGCCCAUGUGGCCAAUAGAAGCCAGGAACGCAGCCAUAGCUAACCACUGUUACACCUGUGCAAUCAACCGUGUCGGAACGGAACAUUUCAAAAGUGAAUUCACAUCUGGUGAUGGAAAAAAGGCUCAUCAUGACUUCGGACACUUCUAUGGGUCCAGCUACGUGGCUGCUCCUGACGGCAGCCGCACCCCUGGACUCUCCAGAACCAGGGAUGGACUACUGGUGGUAGAGAUGGAUCUCAACCUGAACAGACAAAUCAGCGACAGAUGGAGCUUCAAGAUGACUGGGCGAUAUGCCGAGUAUGCAGAGGAACUCACCAAGGCAGUCAGACCUGACUUCAUCCCCAAGAUAGUGAAGGAGUAGAUGAUAUUUCACUAUAGUUAAAUAAAAUGUGAUAAUGCGA